CUGCCGCUGUGAAGUUGUGUAGGAAGUUUACCUCUUAGGUUUGUCUGAUGAGCUCAGUUCGUUUCAACAGUUGGACAGAGACAUGAGCGGACAGACGGUCCCUGCGGACUUCUCGGGACACAUGUUGGACCUGGACGAGGACGAAGACCUGGAGGUUUUCAGUAAGAACACGUCCCUGGCAGAUGGAAGUCCCAUGCCCAACUCUCCCAGCUCCAGCUCCAUGGUCAACCAGUACACAAUGCAGGAGGAGGAAGAGGAGGAGCAGGAUGCCAACGCCAAAGACAUCUUCAUCACCGUGGAUAACCCAGAGAGCCAGGUCACCGCCAUCGAAACCUUCAUCAUGUACAGAGUGGUGACCAAGACCACGAGGAGCGAGUUUGACUCCUGUGAGUACGAGGUACGCCGGCGCUACCAGGACUUCCUGUGGCUCCGAAGCAGACUGGAAGAAAACCACCCGACGCUCAUUGUCCAUCCGCUGCCGGAGAAGUUUGUGAUGAAAGGAAUGGUUGAGCGCUUCAACGACGACUUCAUUGAGACCAGGAGGAGAGCUCUGCACCGCUUCCUCAACAAGAUCUCCGAGCACCCUCCCAUCCUGUCUUACAGCCAGCACUUCAAAGUCUUCCUCACUGCACAGGAGUUGCAGUCUCACAGGAAACAGGGUCCAGGCUUCCUGAGCAGGAUGGGGGAGACAGUGAGGGCAGUGGCCAACUCCGUACGAGGCCUGAGGAGCCGGCCGGAGGAGUUCACCGUGAUGCAGGAGUAUGUGGAGGACUUCAGCAACAAGAUCUGCUCUGUGGACAAAGUCACCCAGAGAAUCAUCAAAGAACAGAGAGAGUACGUGGAUGAGCUGAAGCAGUACAUCCCCACCUACACCCAGUGGGCGAGCUACGAGGAGGAGCUGGCCGAGCCGCUGAAGGGCGUGGCCAGCUGUGUGGAGCGGUGCAGUAAAGAAACAGAGGAGCAGAUCCACCAUCUGUCUGAGGUCCUCGUCCCUGCUCUGCACGAGUACGUCCUCUGUGCUGAGACGCUGAAGGCUGUGAUGAGACGGAGAGACAACAUCCAAGCCGAGUUUGAAGCCAAGAGCGAGGCGCUGGCAUCCAGGAAAGUCGACCAAGAAGCACUGCAGGAGGAGGUGGACGGUCUGGCGGACCGUGUGGAGCUGGCCAACAAUGCCCUGAAGGGAGACUGGUCUCGCUGGCAGAGCAGCAUGAGAACUGACCUCAAAUCAGCCUUUCUAGCCACUGCUGAGAAGAACAUGCUAUACUACGAGAAGUGCCUGGCUGUGUGGGAGUCCUUCCUCCUGUCUCAGAGAGCGGAACCCAGCGAGCAGAAAGACGGGGACGACGUCUCUUAAAGGGUGGAGAUGAUGAAACGUCUCUACAGCACACACUGUCGUCUCUCUGACACACCCAAAGAAAGACUUUGAACCGAUGUCAACUCUCUCAAAAAUGCAUCAAGUACGAAACAAACACGCUGUGCCUCUGUCUCUCUCUCUUUCUGUCAGGCCAAAGAAGUUAGUCCCAGCUCAGCAUUCCAGUGAUGACUGUGCAGCACUCAGACCAACACUGUGAUUCAAUUAUUCGACAUAUUGGUGUUUACACUCCUCCUGAGCAAUUCCAAAAGUUUAAAGAAGGCUCCUGGCCCCUUAGCUGCACCCUGCUGCUUUUCUGUGCAUCAUUGUUCACAGUUACACUAAUGGUACUCUGUGUGGACAACAUAGGGACAGUUGAAUAUUCAUAUCUUCCACUGUGGCUGGAGAACAGCUGCAUCCCAUUUCAAAGCACACCUCCUUGAAAGGUUGCUGCAUGAUAACACUAUGCUCACACUGCAGGCCCAAGUAGCCCAAAUCUGAUGUUUUCCCCCAUGUGACCCAGACAUGAUUGUAUGAUGACUGUGUGAACAACACAAAUCAUAUGGAAUCUGAUCUUUUCAAAUGAGAUUUGGGCCACUUUCACAUGUGGUUUUAAAUCAGUACAGAUCAGAUUUUUUUUUUAAAUGUGACCUCAGUCUGAACAGCCGUGUGACCCAUAUUAGAGUUCAGUGCAACUUUUAAGUCACUCUAGAUUGAUAAAGCAAAAAAUCGUCUCUAAAAAAAAAAUCCAAAUUGAGCACUAAGGCUUGCAGUGUGAAGAUUAAUUUAAGUUCUGGUCUCAUCUUUACUUCAAAUGCAAACAAACUAAUGACUCAUUCAGGUGGCACUCUUGACUCCAGUUGAUGGAAGUUUCCAACUUUACCACCAGGAAGUUGUACUCGACUGACAGCAUAAGAGUGGUAAACCAUAUUACAAGUUCCACGAUAAAGGAGUCUAAAAGUUCCAAAGUA